AUGAAUAUCCAUUACCCCAAGACCCCCAGACCCCAAGACCCUCAGACCCCAAGACCCUCAGACCCCAAGACCCUCAGACCCCAAGACCCUCAGACCCCAAGACCCUCAGACCCCAAGACCCUCAGACCCCAACAUCCCCUGACCCAAGACCCUCAGACCCCAAGACCAUCAGAACCUAAGACCCUCAGACCCCAAGACCCUCAGAACCCAAGACCCUCAGACCCCCAAGACCCUCAGACCCCAAGACCUCAGACCCCAACAUCCCCUGACCCAAGACCUCAGACCCCAACAUCCCCUGACCCAAGACCUCAGACCCCAACAUCCCCUGACCCAAGACCCCAGACCCAAGACCCCCAGGACCCCAAGACCCUUAGACCCCAAGACCCUUAG